AACACUUGACAUGGCCUUCACGGGAUCUUCAUUUAAGGAUGAAAAGGCUCAACUCCUGGUGACGUAUCUUUGGCAGCAUUUUAGUUGGCACACUGAGUUUGUCAGUUGGGACCCGCUCCAGUGCGGCACCGACAAGAUUUCCCUGCCCAGGAAGAAGUUUUGGGUUCCGGAUCUGGUCAUCAAUGAGUUUAUGGACGAAGACAAAGCUCCAUUCGUCCCUUACUUGAAUCUGCACAGCGACGGAAGCAUGGACGACGCCAAACCGGCCAGAGUUGUCAGCUCGUGUCACCUCGACAUCUACACCUUCCCCUUUGACGUGCAAGACUGCACUCUCACCUUCAGCUCCUUCAUCACAUCUGGAACAGAGUUGAAGGUGUUUCCUUCGGCAACUGAUGAAGAGAUCACUAAGGUCUCCAAGAACGUGAUGACCACUUUGGGGGAGUGGGAGCUGCUGGACAUCACCAGUGAAAAGAUCAGUCACCGACAUGAGACUGAGGGUCACCUCAUCGAUGAGCUUGCAUUUCACAUCCGAGUGCGACGCAGGUCCACGCUCUACGUGGUCAACCUGUUGAUCCCCAGCUGCUUCCUCAUCACCGUCGACCUCUUCAGCUUCCUGUUGCCUCCUCAGAGUGUGGACCGAUCCUCCUUCAAGAUGACCCUCAUCCUGGGCUACACCGUCUUUCUGCUCAUCAUGAACGACCUGCUGCCCAUCACGGGGAACACCAUACCUAUCAUAAACGUCUUCUUCUCUCUGUGCUUGGCUCUGAUGGUGGCCAGCCUACUGGAGACCGUCCUCAUCACCAAUUUGCUGCUCGGCUCCAAAAACCUGCGCCCUGUUCCCCGCUGGGUCCGUGCGCUUGUUCUGCGGACUCUGGGACGUCUUGUUGGUCUGCCCUGGCGAGACAAUAAAGAAGCAGACACGAGAGCGAGUCCCGUGUCAGAGCAGCGGCGAGCCGACGGGGCACCUGGAGAGGAGAAAGGACCAGGGGUGGAGGACAAUGCCCUGCAGGAGCUGAAGAGCCUGGGUGCAGACCUGAAAGUCAUCCGCCUGCAGGUGGAGCAGCAGUUAGGGGUCAGCCAGAGCUCGGAGGAGUGGAUCCAGGUGGGUUUCAUCAUAGACCGCCUGCUGUUUGGCUUCUACAUCCUCUUCAUAUCUGUCAGCUUCCUCACCAUCAUCGUUGUUUGGAUUGCGUCAUAUAAGUAAAUGCUGUGCUAUAAUUUAAAAGUAUGUUCAAGUGUCACUGAUCUGAUUUACUCACAUUGUCCACAAGAUGGCAGCAAAUAAGUAGCAUUCUGAGACCGCCUGGUAUUUAAGAUUAGUUUGAAAGCACUCU